AUGGCAACCACUCUGAACACUGGAACAACUUCGGAAACUGGAACCACACUGGAAACAGCGACGACUUUGGAGACUGGAACAACAUUGGAAACUUCAACAACUUUGGAGAGUGGAACCACUUUGGAAACUGGAACCAUUUUGGAACCUACUACCACUUUGAAAACUGGAACCACCCUGAAUACUGGAACCACUUUUGAACCUGCAACCAGUUUAGAAACUGGAACCACUUUGGAAUCUGCAACCACUUUGGAGACUGGAACCAUUCUGAACACUGGAACCACUUUGGAAACUGGAACCACACUGGAAAUGGCAACCACUUUGGAGACUAGAACAACUUUGGAAACUUCAACAAGUUUGGAGACUGGAAUGACUUUGGAAAGUGGAACCACUUUGGAAACAGCAACCACUUUGGAGACUGGAACCACUUUGAAAACUGGAACCACUCUGAAUACUGGAACCACUUUGGAACCUGCAGCCAGUUUGGAAACUGGAGCCACUUUUGAACCUGCAAGCAGUUUGGAAACUACAACCACUUUGGAAUCUGCAACCACUUUGGAGACUGGAACAACUUCGGAAACUUCAUCAACUUUGAAGGCUGGAACGACUUUGGAGACUGGAACCACUUUGGAACCUGGAACCACUUUGGAAACAGGAACCACACAGGAAACGGCAACCACUUUGGAGACCGGAACAACUUUGGAAACUUCACCAACUUUGGAGCCUGCAAUCACUCUGGAACCUGCAACAACUUUUGAAACUGGAACCACUUUGGAAACUGGAACCACUCUGAACACUGGAACCACUUUGGAAACUGGAACCGCACUGGAAACGGCAACCACUUUGGAGACUGGAACAACUUCAGAACCUGCAACCACUUUGGAAACUGGAACAACUUCGGAAACUUCAAUAACAUUGGAGACUGCAACCACUCUGGAACCUGCAACAACUUUUGAAACUGGAACCACUUUGGAGACUGGAACAACCUCGGAGGCUGGAAACGGCAACCACUUUGGAGACUGGAACAACUCUGGAAACUUCAACAACUUUGGAGACUGCAACCACUUUGGAAACUGGAAGGACUCUGAACACUGGAACGACUUUGGAAACUGGAACCACUUUGGAGACUGGAACCACUUUGGAAACUUCAACAACUUUGGAGAGUGGAACCACUUUGGAACCUGCAACUUCUUUGGAGACUGGAACAACUUUAGAAACUGGAACAACUUUGGAAAGUUCAACAACUUUGGAGACUGCAACCACUUUGGAGACUGGAACCACUUUGGAAACUGGAACCAUUUUGGAACCUGCAACCACUUUGGAAACCGGAACCACUGUGAACACUGGAACCACUUUGGAAACUGGUACCACACAGGAAACGGCAACCACUUUGGAGACUGGAACAUCUUUGGAAACUUCAACAACUUUGGAGACUGCAACCACUUUGGAACCUGCAACUACCUUGGAAGCUGGAACCACUUUGGACACUGGAACCACUUUGGAAACUUCAACAACUUUGGAAAGUGGAACCAGUUUGGAAACUGCAACCACUUUGGAGACUGGAACAACUUUGGAAACUUCAACAACUUUGGAAAGUGGAACCAAACCACUUUGGAAACUGCAACCACUUUGGCGACUGGAACCACUUCAGAAACUGAUACUACUUUGGAGACUGGAACCACUUUGGAACCUGCAACCACUUUUGGGACUGGAACAACUUUGGAAACUGGAACCAUUUUGGAACCUACUACCACUUUGAAAACUGGAACCACCCUGAAUACUGGAACCACUUUGGAGACUGGAACAACUUCGGAACCUGCAACCACUUUGGAAUCUGCAACCACUUUGGAGACUGGAACCACUCUGGAGACUGCAACCACUUUGGAAACUGGAUCCACUCUGAAUACUGGAACCACUUUGGAAACUGGAACCGCACUGGAAACGAACCACUUUGGAAUCUGCAACAACUUUGGAGCCUGGAACAACUUUGGAAACUUCAACAAGUUUGGAGAGUGGAACUACUUUGGAAACUGGAACCACUUUGGAGACUGGAACAACCUCGGAGGCUGGUACCACUUUGGAAACUUCAAUAACUUUGGAGAGCGGAACCACUUUGGAAAGUGGAACCAUUUUGGAACCUGCAACCACUUUGGAAACUGGAACCACUCUGAACACUGGAACCACUUUGGAAACUGGAACCACACAGGAAACGGCAACCACUUUGGAGACUGGAACAACUCUGGAAACUUCAACAACUUUGGAGACUGCAACCACUUUGGAAACUGGAAGGACUCUGAACACUGGAACGACUUUGGAAACUGGAACCACUUUGGAGACUGGAACCACUUUGGAAACUUCAACAACUUUGGAGAGUGGAACCACUUUGGAACCUGCAACUUCUUUGGAGACUGGAACAACUUUAGAAACUGGAACAACUUUGGAAAGUUCAACAACUUUGGAGACUGCAACCACUUUGGAGACUGGAACCACUUUGGAAACUGGAACCAUUUUGGAACCUGCAACCACUUUGGAAACCGGAACCACUGUGAACACUGGAACCACUUUGGAAACUGGUACCACACAGGAAACGGCAACCACUUUGGAGACUGGAACAACUUUGGAAACUUCAACAACUUUGGAGACUGCAACCACUUUGGAACCUGCAACUACCUUGGAAGCUGGAACCACUUUGGACACUGGAACCACUUUGGAAACUUCAACAACUUUGGAAAGUGGAACCAGUUUGGAAACUGCAACCACUUUGAGGCUUUUUCAACAACUUUGGAAAGAAACGGCAACCACUUUGGAGACUGGAACAACUUUGGAAACUGGUACCACUUUGGAAAGUUCAACAACUUUGGAGACUGGAACCACUCUGAACACUGGAACCACUUUGGAAACUGGAACCACACUGGAAACGGCAACCACUUUGGAGACUGGAACCACUUUUGA